UACUCCUUUUCUAGUAAGUUCCUGUACUUUUCUAAACCCUUGAAUUAUUCAGUUGAUGGCUGUGACACCAUUUCUUCUAGGAAUCUGUUCCUCGAGUUUAUAACUUGUUGUGAGAACCAGUAUUCCACAGCAGCAUAGUUCCUCGGAUAUUUAACUCUCCUGCUAUGUCAUCCUAGGUGUUUAGACCUAGUGGGAAGGAAAAAAGAAGUUCAGCACCUUGCAAUUCAAAUCCCGUUGAGAUCAAUUAACCUGAUUUAAAGUGUUAUCGCUUUUCCAACUGUAGUUAUCUCAUCAUCUUCAAUGACACAACGAAGUUUCGCUUUGCCAUCCAACCUAUAUCCUGUAUCUGACUUAGUGUCGAAGCCAGUUACAUGUUCUAAACUACGACCAACCAUUUUGCUCAAACCAAAUUAUUCGGUCAGUGUUACGACUACUAAACGAUCUAGUGUACCAUUGCAUGGAGGUACACAUAUCCCAGUUACACCAUGUUCCACUGCGCCAUCGAAAGCAACUGUUGUGUCAUCCCUUCCUAACAAGUCGAAAGUUCGUUUUCAACCAAAAUCUAUAGAAUCAUCUUCUACUAAUUUGACUUCAGAAGAGUCGUUUCAAGGGUUGUCUACACCUAAUGGGAGUGUAAAUACAGUACGCAUCCAGCUGGGACCAAAUGGUCAGAUCGAUCGAAAUAUAAGAAAUCCAUCAUCUAGUGUACCUCGUGUAUUGCCAAUGUAUCAAGCUCCAUGCGAAGUGUGCGGUACCAGUAUUUCAACCGAAACAAGUGUUCAGCAUUUCCAUAUUGUAUAUUAUCAUAAAGGUGAAUGUCCAAGAAAAUUUCCAAGUUUCCCCUGUGAAAUGUGUGGUCAGUUAUUGUGGACAAGGAGUGGAUUAUUCAGUCACCAAGGUACCAAAUGUGGGUUUUGCGGUGAAACUAAACUGUGCAGUUCAACUUAUUAUGUCCACAAAAUCACUAAGCACCCUCAAAAGUUCGUCCACAUGUUUACUCUUGGUAUGCAUUAUUGUUCAAGAUGUUGUCGUGGGUUUCCAGAUGUCACCUCAUUCAUUAUUCAUAUACAAACUGAGCAUUUCUUCACUAUUCCUGGUGAUUUCGACGCUUUGUGUACAUAUUACUCGUCAAAGAAUCAAGAAGACUCUAAUAAUGUGAUAGCUGUAUCAAACAUAUCCAAUCUCCUAACAUUGUACUCUUCUUUAUCUCGUUCAACAUUCGUCUCAUAUACAUUACCUGACAAUAUAACUGUGCGUUGUGCAUUAAAUGGCAGAAGUUCAUGUGUAAAAUGUUCUGUAUGCAAUUCCUGUUUCCUUACAACUAGUCACUUAGAUUUGCAUAUGGCUCAGGCUCAUCACCAGUACUGGUGUCCAUUAUGCCCCUAUGCAUGUCAGCGAGCGAUUUUACUGUGGAAACAUUAUUCCAGCAAUCAUGAAGGUGGUAACCUUACGAAAAGCCCAGUAAUUGUCUCAAGUAAACAGCGUCGGGUUAUCAGUCCGGAACCAGUUGUCACAACAUUAUCUCCAAUUCAAGCUGUAACAACGCCAACCACAUCAGUUGUUGGGAGUACAAGAUUAGUUACACCAGUCACUACAGAACAGUAUAAUGGGCGUGUUAUUUUCGGUGAUAAAUCCCAGUUUCAUAGGUGUGACUUGUGUCGGGAAUUCUUCGUAGCAGUUGAAGACUUGAAUGCGCAUAACGAAAGAUUUCAUAGAAUUGAAAUACCAGAUGAUGAUGGUGAUAAUAGUCGUGGUAAUUUUGAUGACGUCCCAGCGUCUGUUGAAUCCAGUUCAUCAUCAAAUAAUAGUAAUAAUAAUAAUAAUAAUAGUAAUACAACGCCUAGCAUCACUCCUAUCGCAACUGGCAAUAAAUCUUCCCAGUCAACCGCCUCCACUUCAUCAGUGAACUCAUCAGAAGUAUCAGAUGGGACAAAAUCUAGAUCAACUUCUAAUUUACAUAGAAUACUGGUUGUUGACUCCUCUGUUAAUGAACAAUCAAUGUGUAAAAGUAUUCCAUCUAGGAGUAACAUUAGUAGAAGUAAUGAUUCUGAGAAACCAUCUACUAACGGUGAAGAUAAUAUCAACAAGAAUGAUAGUUAUGUUGUAGUUGACGAAAUAAAUAUUGAUGAUAGUGAUGAUGCUGACUGCAGGGAUGCAGCAGAAGGACAAAGUGGAUUACAGACUACGGCUCCGGUCAUUGUUGAUGAUGAUGAUAUUGAUGAUGACGAAUUUGUAUGUCCAAUGUGUGACUUUCACAGCAAACAACGCAGUGAUAUAAUGCAACAUAUUGUAGAUUGUCAUUAACCCUACACUUCGACUAGUCCUACACCUACUACUAUUUUUCUUUCUUUCUUUUUUUAUUGCUGAUUGUAUUUUCGUGAGCACUGCUUUUUGCUACAAACUGGUUGUGUGUAUAUAUUUCAAAUAGAUGAAAAUUGAUUGAGUGUAUCAAUUAUUGAUUGUAGGAUUAUUUAUUCUGCCUUCUUUUCAUAACGGUAAUCUGUUCGAUUUCUCAGAGUUGAUGCUUCUUCUUAUUUAUUUGUAUAUAUUAUGUGUUCACAUAUAUUUUGUGAAAUAUAUUUUAAAUCUCCCUAGAGGUUAUUUAUUGUUAUAAACAGAAAGUAUUUUAUAAUCCCA